AUGAUAAAUAAGAUCUUACCUACUUCUAAUUUGAGAGUCCACACUUUUGCCGAAUUGAAAGCUUCUACCAAGAAUUUCAGACCUGACAUACUUCUUGGAGAAGGAGGUUUCGGGAAAGUCUAUAGAGGAUGGCUUGGCGGAAUCACCUUUGCCGUCAAAAAAUUGAACUCCGAGGUUACCAAGGUCUCCAGGAAUGGCAGUCAGAAAUACAUUUUCUAG